GUUUAUUUUAUGUCACCUUAAUCUUGUUCUUAAAACGGUGUGUUUCAAAUCCGAAACCCAGAAUCGUCACUCUUCUGUCAUACUAAUUACCUGAAAUAAUUGCUUGUGAUAUUUAGGGGAGUCGUGUGCCUUGUAUCUGAUUUAUUUGCAGGUAUUUACGACGCUAAUCAAAAUUAACGGUAAUAUUCUCGACAGGUUAGAUUUUUUUUUUUUUUUUUUGGUAAAGGGACUUUAUUCGGGUUUGGUUAUACUGGCAUUUAAAAAUAAUGAAUUUCUUGCGUCGUGAUCGGUUGCUUUGAUCCUGAAAAAUAAAUUGUUUGACUUAUUUUAUAUACAUAGGUGAGCAUCUUCAGAAAAAAAAAAAAAACUGCUUGGUUCGUAACAGUCUUAGAUCACCAUUAUGAAGAUUACUUUUCUGUUCUUGGAGCUGUGCAGACAUCUGCAUAGUAAGGGGUUAAUAUUAUCCAUUAAAAUACACAUAUUUAAAAACUGCUUAUCAAAGUUGAUAUUGUAUUGUUUAGAUAAAUCGGACAUUUAAACACGUUGAAAACGAACCUGUGAACGCAUGCAAAUAGCAAUACAGUACCUCUUAUUCUAUUUUUUCUUAAAAAAAAUCUCUAACAGCUGUAUCUGCUGAUCUGCCCCUUUCAACUGUCCAGCCCAGAUGGGAGGGAACCCACCGACUUUAAGAUCAGGCUGAAAAGUGAUAAUAAUAUUUGAAGAGCUACAAGUGGCUGUGACGCCGAAAAACGAACCGAGAGGCAGGUCCAAUGAGCAUUUCCAGGACCUCCCUUCGCUGCCCCAAAAAACUCUGAUUGCAACUGCUCAAAUGUUUACACAUGACACAAAUGUAUAAAAUCAGCUGAGAGAGAGGCACAGUACAAGAGGCAGGUAGAAGAAGAGAAUGGAUCAUGCUUUUGUGGAAUACCGAAUUUUGCACUGAAGGGCACAGCUCGUCAUACCUGUGUAAUACCUUGGAUUAUUAAUAUUAAACACCUUGUUUUAUUAUCAUGAACACUGUACUACAACACUGUUAAAUUAGGAACACUAGCAUCCAUUUGAGAAGCCAACAAUGUUAUUGAUAAUCAAAACCCUCAUAAUUCUUUGGAAUAUUCUGUUGGUGUUAAUCCAUUUUAUCAGCAGUAUGGAAAGUGAAUUUUUUACGCCAGUCAGAAUGGAUCUGCACAAUUGGGAUCUUGAGAAUGUCAUACGCAGCACAGAAGAAGCAAACCUGCGUAAAGUUUUUAAAAUCAGCGCGUUUAAUCAGGAUUUCUAUCUGAAUUUGAUGCCCGAUUCCGAUUUCAUUGCACCUUCUUUUUCUUUGCAUAAUGUGGGUACCCGACAGAGAUCCACCUCUAAUCCCAGCCUCAGCCGCUGCUUUUAUUCUGGGGAUGUGAAUGCGGAUCCAAAUUCCUACGCCGCUUUCAGUCUUUGCAAAGGUUUACUGGGCGCUUUCGGCUACAACGGAUCGGAAUAUACAAUAAAGCCGUUUGAGAAUGAUACUGUGCCACGAAAAGUAUCCAAUGUUCUGAGCUUACACACAAUUAAGCGCAGAAACGCACCUGUCCAAAGAGCAAACUAUACCUCCAGGUGCGGUGUAGGAUCAGGUUUGAAUCACGCUGUUUUAGAGGCUCUAGAAAACUACAGAAGCUUCCACAGAAACGGCAGUAAAUUAAGGACAGAAAAAGGGCCGAGAAGCAUUGGCAGGCAUAAACGGUUUGCUUCUGUCCCCAGGUACGUGGAGACCCUCAUAGUAGCAGACGAAUCAAUGGUGAAAUUCCACGGUGACGACCUUAAACACUACCUCCUAACAUUAAUGUCAGUUGCAUCCCGACUUUACAAGCAUCCAAGCAUUUCGAACUCCAUUAAUAUAGUGGUGGUGAAGUUUAUGAUGAUAACAGAAGAAGACAAAGGACCAAAGAUUUCCAGUAACGCGGCAAUGACUUUACGAAAUUUUUGCACCUGGCAAAAAAAGCUCAAUAAAGCAAACGACAAGCAUCCAGAAUACUGGGAUACUGCUAUUCUUUUCACGAAGCAGGAUUUGUGUGGGGCUACCACCUGUGACACGUUGGGCAUGGCAGAUGUGGGGACAAUGUGUGACUCAAAGAGAAGCUGCUCUGUAAUUGAAGAUGAUGGCCUUCCCUCUGCUUUCACUACAGCACAUGAACUGGGUCAUGUCUUCAAUAUGCCCCAUGAUAAUGUGAAAGCCUGCGAGGAAGUAUUUGGCAAGUUAAAAGAUAAUCAUAUGAUGUCUCCCACACUUAUUCAAGUGGAUCGCUACAACCCAUGGUCAGCCUGCAGUGCCGCCAUCAUCACAGAUUUUCUAGACAAUGGCCACGGUGACUGUCUUCUAGAUCAGCCCGUCAAACCUCUUGUCAUUACUGACACUCUCCCUGGUGCCAGCUAUAACUUAAACCGGCAGUGUGAGCUUGCGUUUGGACCCGGCUCCAAGCCUUGUCCCUACAUGCAGUCUUGUACCAAGCUGUGGUGCACAGGAAAGGCUCGUGGACAGCUAGUAUGUCAGACAAGACACUUCCCGUGGGCUGAUGGAACAAACUGUGGAGAUGGAAAGUUCUGCCUUAGGGGGUUUUGUGUUGAGAAACACGAUGUAACAAAGUAUAAGGUGGAUGGUCGCUGGGGAAAGUGGGGCCCGUUUGGUCCCUGCUCUCGAACAUGUGGUGGUGGUGUACAGCUGGCUAAAAGAGAGUGCAAUAACCCACAGCCGGCCAACGAAGGAAAAUAUUGCCAAGGUCUCCGAAUCAAAUACCGGUCAUGUAAUUUGGAUGCCUGCGCUGAAACAGGUAAAAGUUACAGAGAAGAACAAUGUGAAGCAUUUAAUGGGUACAAUCUUAAUACUAAUCGACUUACACCCUCUGUAGUCUGGGUACCUAAAUAUUCUGGAGUUUCACCCAAAGACAAAUGCAAGUUAAUCUGCAGAGCCAAUGGGACUGGUUACUUUUAUGUAUUGGCACCAAAGGUGGUGGAUGGGACACCUUGCACACCAGAUUCCUCAGCUGUGUGCGUUCAAGGAAGAUGCAUUAAAGCCGGAUGUGAUGGAAAACUGAGUUCAAACAAAAAGUUUGACAAAUGUGGUGUGUGUGGUGGAGACAACAAAACUUGCAAGAAAGUUUCUGGAUUGUUCACAAAGCCUAUACAUGGUUACAACUUUGUUGUAAUGUUGCCAGCUGGAGCUUCAAGCAUUGAUGUCAGACAAAGAGGCUACAAAGGAAUGGUCAAUGAUGACAACUAUCUUGCUGUUAAAAACGGCCAAGGAAAAUAUUUGUUAAAUGGGAACUAUGUUGUCUCAGCAGUUGAGAGGGACAUCAUGGUAAAGGGAAGCUUGCUCCGUUACAGUGGAACCACCACCUCUGUAGAAAUGUUACAGGCUUUCAGGCCACUUCAAGAAUCUUUAACCAUUGAAGUCUUGUCAGUGGGGAAAAUGACACCCCCACGUAUUCGUUAUUCAUUUUAUUUACCAAAGGACAACAAAGAGGAAAAGUCAUCAUUCAAAAAGGAUGGAAUGAACAGCUCCCUUAACAAAGAAAUGGUGGAUACUAACCAGGUAGAGGUCAAGAAACCGGAAUAUAAAAGACCUUUGUGUAAGUGGGUCACAGGUAGUUGGGAUGAUUGCUCUGUGACUUGUGGGAAUGGAUUGCAAAAGAGAACAGUGGAAUGUCGUGAUAACAAUGGCAUAUCAGCUACAGACUGUGACAUGUCCCUGCGUCCGGUGGACCUUCGAAUAUGUGGAGAUCCAUGCCCAUUGUGGAACAUCGGGGAAUGGUCCCCUUGCUCUAAGACUUGUGGUAAAGGAUUUAAGAGACGUACUUUACGCUGCAUGACCCAGACAGGACUAUAUCUGCCAAGAGAGCAUUGCAAUAUCAAGAAAAAACCACAGGAGCUGGACUUUUGUACAUUGCGAUCGUGCUAGCAGGUUCUGCAAAUGGUGGGGGCUUUUUAUUUGAUAGUUGGGCUUCAUCGAAUACAUUUCAAAGAAAAUCUUAGCAUGCAGGCAGAAUUUCAUUUUUUUUCUUGGGCAUCUGUCUGCAGAAGACAUAUAAUAGGAAACUUUAAAGCCGGGAGGAUAACGAGAGUAAGAUGUAGGAGUUAAUGUCCAUUAAUUUCAAAUCAAAUAAAAUUGGAGUUUCACAUUCAGCACAUCUACCUCUGAUGUAAAAUUUAAAUAAUAUAAUUUGGAAGCAAAUUAUUUUUAAGUAUUUUGCUUUUAAAAUGUUGAAGCUUUUGGAUAUCAACACAAAACCUCAACUCUUCAAAAGAAAGAAACAUGUAAGAAAUGCACAAACUCCUUAUAUUAGACUUUCUCCCUGAGUGCAUUAGAGUAUAGUUUAAAGCCCAGUAGCUGUAGAGGUUACAUAAUCAUUUUGACAAACACCAAUGUGUAUAGCCAUAAUCACAGAUCAAAGAAUGCAUACAACAUUCUGAACACAAAUAAUUCUGUUAUCAUGUUUUAAAUCUCAAUAUUUAGAUUACUCAGAAUGCUGAAUUCUUAGCAAAAUAUCCAGCUAGCAGAGAAAAGCUUGUUUAUGUAAAUAUAUGGUGGAUUUUGCUCUGGUGCUCAUUUUAAAUACAUUGCUCUUCAAGCAGCAUGCAACCAUUAACAGCAUACUGUUGAGCAGACAGACAUGUUCAUCAUUGAAUCAUUGAUGUUUUACUUUACAUGCUGUACUGUAGGUCAUUUCACAGUGAAAGCAUUGCUAUCCUUUUAAAUACCUCAAAAAUGAAAUUAUUGCAAAAACAGGUGAAAUGAAAUAGAUGUAAAUUAAAAAUAUCUGUCUAAUGUUAAACAAAUGAAGGUUUAAGCUGUAACUAGAAAAAUCUUUUUAAGGAAUAUGACAUCAUUUCAUUCAUUCUGUGAAUUGAUUUUUCUAGUACUGAGUGACACAGAGGUAAAUCUUGUACUGGCUUCAAAAGAUGCAUGCUAAGAAAUAACCCAGAAUUAUGAACUGGUGUACACAGUGACAAUCAUACAAGGCCAAUUUGAGUCGCCAAUCAGCAUUGGUCUUUGGGCUAUACGAGGAAAUCUGAGCACCCAGACUAAUCCUAAAAAUACCGUGAAGAACAAAUAAGGGACUUAAUAACCAAAGAAAAGUUGCGGUGCCAGCUGGGUCACCCAUUUACUGCCAGUGUAGAAAGCUUCUCUAAAUUAUCUGCUCUCUUGAGCAGGCCUGGGUUGGGGAGCUCUGUUUUGCAUCCCCUGACUGUGAUGCCAUCUUCUAGGAGCCCUUGAAUUUAUAUUGUCCCGAUCAGAAGAAGCAUGGUUUAGUUGACUUGGGGCAUAGUCCUCCUUGGUUGGCUUCCUGGAAGUACAGAGGGGGAAACAGAUGGCAUUAAUAGCAUUAUUGCAUACUUUGUCUGAGCCUGGAAGGUGAUCCUUAGGCACCCAUGCAUGACAAUACACAGUAGAUGGUGUACACUCAAUAUGGAAGGCACAACUAAGUGGAAUCUAAAGCACUAGAAGACAAUAAUGCUAUGCAUUGCAAAUUUUACAUCAGAAACUUUAUAUACUGUAAAUGUGCAUUCAAAAAGGCAAUCAAAAUAACUUUAAAUCACCAGCGGUAUAAAAGUUUUAUGCAACUGGUUUUAGUACAAUUUAUAGCAAAUAAUUUUGAAACUUUGGUAGAUACAGUACAUUAGAAUAAUUGUACAGCUGUAACUAAGAAAGAAACUUAAUUCUGCCACCCAUUAAUCACAUGUGUACUUACUGGUCAAUUACUGUGUAACGACCGGCAUUGGUACAUGAAUACAAUAUACCUGCAGUAAAACAUGAGUAUCAUUUUUACUGAUAGUACUUUUUAUUGCUUCAUUCGUACUCAGUUGCGUAGUUACAGGUAUAAUGUAAUUGUGAUUUACACAUAUUAUUUAAACAAAUACAGUUAUACAUUAAAACAUGCAAAGAAAUAGACUAAUUUUAGUACCACUUAACUUUACACACUUUUAACGUUUACAAUAAAUAUUAUUUGUUUAAUACUGAGUACUGUAAAAAAAAAAAAAAACAUCCAUAUUAAAUUAUCUGGCUGUCUUUGAAUCAAUACCUGCUAACUUAAAUAAGGUAUUCACACUCCCUAUAAAACUGAUGAUUAAAGUAUACUACUAAAGUCACACUGGAGAUUCAUCUUUUAUUAAUAAUAUUAGAAAACUUCUGUUGCACUAAACCAAUAUUCCCAGAAAAUAUACUAAUUCAAGGAAUAGCUAAAAAACACAGACUUGACAAAGCACAGAAGAAAAAUCUGAAAAGAAUAUGUAAACACCUCCGUAGUGACAACAAAAGAGUAUGCUCUUGCAGCAAUGAUAAUCUUUCUUAAAAGCAAUUAUGAUGUUAAACAAUAGUAAAAUGGUUUCAGAGCUUUCUAACAGUGCAAUGAACAGCCCGACAUUCUUAAAGGAAUUGAUCUUAGUAUUUCACUUAAAUACAAACAUUAUUCAUAUGCUGUGAUAGUGUCUCUUGUGUAAGAAUAUUCAAAAGUAAAUAUGAAUGGAUAUUGUGACUAAAUGAAUUAAAUGGUUUGUUGCUUCAUGUGAGCAUGUUAAUACUAGUAGAUGUGAAAACCAUCAAUUUCCCUAGAAACAUUAAUGCAUUAUUAAGUAAUAAUUGCAAAACAUUCACCUUUUUAAAUUUCAAACACUUUUCAUCAUCUAUUAAGUAAACCGUGUUAUAAACAUGUGUCUCUUACACACAUGGGACAGACAAAUAAAAAUUACAAAUAGAGGCUCAUAAAAUGACACCAAAAAUAACCCUUAGCUGCCCCACUGGGUUUACCAACUGUCACGUGUCCCAUUAGUCCACAGCAUUGGGUUUUCACUUUUUCCAUUUCACCAAAGUUUGACCAUUGUAAUUGUUUUCUUUCCCCUAAAGCCAUUCUGCCUUCAUUAACGUAAUUAAGCAGCGUCCUAAUAUUUGUUGUUUGCUCUGCUACUGAAUGUCUUACAUAUCUUUGAAGUUCCUUUAGGUUCUGCCAACUAGGAUUCACUUGAUUUUGAUCAGCUUUUUAAUAGCAAGUCUUAAUUUUUCCUUGUUUUGUUUUGACCUACAUUUUCAUUGUUCUAGAAUCACUGAAUUUUGUAUAUCAUUGCUCUUUAGAUACAGCCUUAUAAAAGUCAUGUAAAUAGUCAUGUCACUAGGGUUCAGAAGUUAAACUGAAAGUCCUGAGGUUCUACCAUAUCUAUUUUUUCAUUUCCGAAAGCCAAUAAUCAUAUCAAUAAGGUUUUUGUGUAAGCCAGUGUUCAUAAAAUUUUCAUUUUAUCUUAUCUAAUUAAUUAAUUAAAUAGUGAAUUAAAUACAUUUAUAUCACGCCUUCCUAAUCUAUUCAAAGCACUUUACAUAGAUAGUGGGGAACUACUUUAACAAUGACCAAUAUGUAGUAUCCACUGAUGCAACCGCAGCCAUUCUUGUGUUAGUACACUCACCACACAUUAGCUAUUAGGUGAUGAUGGGUUAAAAAAGAUAAUUAGCCAAGGACAGGUUAUGAAUAGAGGGCCAGAAUGACCAGGCUAAAGUAGGCAAUUUAGCCAGGAUAUUUUGAAAGACACCCAAGGAUGUUUUAUGACCACAGAUAGUCACAUAAGUUUUACGUGUCAUCCAAAGAAUGGUGCCAAAUUUUACAGAACAUUGUUCCUGUCACUGCACUGAGGCUUUGGGAUCCACAUAUAGAGCACAGGUUAAAGGGUAAACUCCCCCAUUGACCUGACCAACACCUCUUCCAGCAGCAACCCCACAUUUUCUUAGGUGGUCUCCUAUUCAAAUACUGUACGGGCCCAAACAUGUUUGUAUGAGGUGGAUUACCUGUUCUGAAGUACAGGUGCUGCUGACCAUCUUAUUUCUUUAUCACUGUUGUACCUAUAAAAAGGGAGACACAGGCUAAGAAUAGCCACAUGUUUGUAUUCCUUAACAUCACUUAAAAACCUCUCAUUAGCUUAUACAGGCAUCCUUUCCCUGAUGCUGCUAUCUCUGCAUAUAAAUACUAGAAAUCUGUAAAUCAGUACCUUUUUGCUCUUUCUAUUGUAAAUGCCUAAUUUUGUGUAGAAUAUCCAUUUAUCUAUAUGAGCAAUACAAUAUAACAAUCAAGUCAUUUUUAUAACAUUUUGAUCAUGUAAAUUUGUUUUCAGCUUUCAGCUGGUGGCCCAUGGUCAAAAAUUUGUUAAAUAUUAAUUAAGUCCCAGAAACAGUUUUCCAUCACUGGUUCAGUACAACAAAUUUAAUGUACAGAAUCUGUCCCUGAAGAGAAGGGACAAACUUAAGGACAUUGAUAAUGACUAGCAAAUAUUAAUGACUACACAAUUGUUUUGUUUUUGAUUUUGUUUAGUUGCAUUUAGUCCUUAGAGAUACACAAUGUGCCCAAAUGUUCUGCUAGAGUACAAAAAUAUCAAUUGGUAAAACAAUCAGACUUGGACAAAAAUUUUGAAAAAAAAAAUAAAAAUUGUAAAAGAAAUUUAAACCACGUACCAAAAAACACCGGAAACGAUCAAGAAAGAAACCUUAAUUUGUUUCAUUUUAUAUUUGUAAAUGAAAUCAUUUAAUUUACACAUUAAAAAAGGAAAAGCAUAAUGUGUAAUCUCAUACAUGAGACAAACUUCCAUCAUCCCGACCAGUUUGUAUUUUAUUUGUCAGAGAGUAAAACCACAUAAUCCAUACACACUUCAGUCAUCUGCUUUGUUAAACAUUUUAUUCAAGAAUAAUUGUUAUUAAUACAGAAACUAUAUCAUUAUAAUCUUUAAGUUUACUGAGAGGUGUGAAAACAAAGCACACAAGUUGUUGUUAAGGUUGUUUUUAUAUUAUUUCAAUUCAACAAUUAAUCUAAAAAAACAAAUAUAAAUGAAUUACCCUCAGUUGUUAGAAUUGCUUAACAUGCACAUGUUUUUUGCCUCAUAUUGUCUGAGUAUAGUUUAAAAAAUAAUCAUGUGAAACUCAAAAUGAAGCACAGACAUAAUACUGAAAUGGCAACAAUGUGUUUCUUUAAGUGUAAAAGAAAAAUAGAUCACAAGCUGUGAAGAAAUUUAUAAUAUAAAUAAUAAAUAAUAUUUAUAAUUUUGAAAAAUGAGUGGAAAACUUUUAGCCCAUCAAGAUUAGUUAGUUAAGUAAUAGCUAAGCCAUCCAAAUAGCUCAUUUAGACAUCUUUUAAAAGCUAUUAAGAUUUCUGCUUUAGCUAUUUUUCCCUGCAGUUUUUUAAUUUUUUUUGCAGAAUCCCACAACCCUUCAUCUGAAGAGGUGCUUUCUGGCUUCUGUCUAAAAUACAGUAUAUUUCCCCUGUAAUUUCAAUUAGUAUCCUAUCCUCAAGAACAUGAUUCUCUGUUUAAGUCAAAGAAUUCUCCUGGAUCUGUUUAAUGGUGUCUUUAAGAAUGAAGACUUUGAUUAACUAUACACAUAAUCCUCUGGCUCUAGAUUAAAGAGAUUUAAUUCCCUUAGCCUGUCAGACCAGAGAUGCACUCAAUUGCUGUGCUUACAAUUGAUAUCAUAGACCAUAAAUUCAUCCAUCUAUCCAUCUUUCUACAUUUUGGUCUGUCUUUUAUCACAGCAGCAUUGGUUACUAUGCAGAAAAUAAACUUGGUUAGAACACACAUUGUGUCAUUCAUACACCCUCAUUCACUCAAAAUGAUUAUUUUUUGCAAAUAAAUUAUGUUAUGAUGGAAUUUACAUAUGAAUUACACACUAGCAUCACACACCAGUAUUGGUAUUUUGUGUUUGUAUUAAGGCAUCUUUUUAAUAGUCUUAAUAUUAAGAAAGUUUACAACUUGUGGGUAAAAAAAUAUGAAUUAGUCAUCUCUUACAUCUUUAGUUAUUUUGAAAAUAUCCUACUGCUCAUGACUUAUAGCAACUUAAAACGAAUUGGGGUUAGAAAUGUGUUGAUGAAUUGGAUUUUAUUCUUAUAUCCCAGUAAACAGUUUUGACAUGUGAAAUUAGCUCUCUCUAGUGAUCGACUAAAUAUUUUCACUGCUCACCCUCAUUGAAAUUAUAAAUUUAUCUAUAUCUUAUAUUCUUUUCAGCUUUUCACCAACUGAAACAUUCUUCUUUACAAGAGAAGUAUUUUACAUUCAGAGCUUUAUUAGAACAACAUGUUAAUUUAGAGCAUAUCUUAGCCAGCCAGACAGAUCAUGCAGAUAAACGUUUGUAUUAAAACUUACUUAAUUAAAAAGAAGUCAUUACUAACUUUCUAAUUGGCUUACCUUAUCUAUCCUUGACUAUUUGGCAAGUUUUUGGAUAAAUGUUUGCUUAGAUAUUCUCUGAUGUUGUACGAUAAGUGGGACAGUGGAGAACUGCAGAGUGCCCAUCAUCAGGUCUUAUUGCCUUUAUUUCCUUCAGUUGUGACCACAAAGGUAUUUGUUGGUGUUCAUCUUCUCCAUGAACCUGUGGAAAUCCACUAGCCUGUUACAUCCUACCUACUAAAUGUCUUCAUUUGUUAUACUGAAAUAAGUUUCAAAGCAGAAUUUGUAGCAUAACAAAAAAUAACAAAUUUAAACAAUGGAAAACUUUUCAGUGAGAUCAGAGUAUUUCUCUAAUUUUAAUGCCGGAGUACAAUAAUCAAAAACUGAUGAAACUUAGAAAGUUCCUUGAAGACAAAACUAUACAUUUUGUUAAAAAGCUUCAACUCAUGUUUUUCCCUAGCUAUUACCACCAGCUGACUGAUAGUUUUCGUAUACUUUCCUAUUUUCUUUUUGAUGCGUACAAUAUUUGUGUGAGAACUUCUGCUUUUCAUGAGGACUGGACACUUACUAAAAUGUGUUUCAAGAAUUACUCUGCAGUGUAGAUGGGGCAGGCAGACACCUCAUAUAGUCAUAAAUUUAUUUCAAUCUAGUACACGCCUUAGUAGAAUUCGGUUUACACAGUACUGUUCUUAUUUCAAUAAACUGUUUUGCAACACUGCCAUCUUUUAAACUCUGUUGAAAAUCUUUCUUGGUGCUGGUUUGAAAUGAAAUCGCUCUUAUUUUCAUCAAUUGACCAAAUUAACUGUAAAAUUGUUCAGCCUGACUUGUGGUUUUCAAAACAAGGGAUAAAUGGCCCAAGAGGCAUGAAGACCCUGAAACUAAAGCAUACUGUAAUCUCUCAGUACAUUAUUAACUAGUGUUUAAUUUAUACACUAUUUCUUUUGGGAAAAUAUUUGAAAAGCAAAUGCAUGGUUGCACUGAAGACUCAAUUACAUGUAUACUGACUUGAAAUUAAGAUAAUAAAAUGUUCACUUUUUAAGCAGUUUUAUCAGUCAUGGAAAUAAAAAUAAUGAAUGUGUCAGUAGUGCCAAAAUAUGAAAAUGUUGCUUAGCAUCACCCAUGUAUUUCAAAUGUUGUUGACCUUUGGCUUCCAAAUACUGUGUACUGAUGUAAUGUUUUGUAACUAUUUGUAACAAGGACUCCUAUAAUCUUUUGAGUUAUAGUUUUGCAUUUUGGUUGUUUACUUUGGUUCAGAGGGAUUACAUCUCCAUCUAAAAGAUGGUUCCUAUUAUACUGGGAAUUUAAUUUUGUUUCUUUUGCACUUUACAUUGCAAAAGACUGAUGUACAAGCUUUUCUGUAUACUAUGUAUACAUCCAUUGGGCUGGAUUCAAAUAAAUAAUGUAAAUAUUCUUGUAGUUCA